AUAUUUCACUCCCGCAUGAUCCCUGUCGGCGGCGGCGGCUCCAGCACACAGCCCGCGCCCGCCCGCCCGCGCCCGCCACGCCACGCUCAGAGUUAUGACCGCAGCGCCCACGCCUCCUCCUCCUCCUCCUCCUGUCCCUCCUCCUCCGGGUCCCUCCUCCUCCUCCUCCUCCUCCUCCCGCCGCUGCUGCUCCGCCACAUGUUAGCGGGUGUUUAGUGGAUCCCGACGGCGGCUCGCACACGACGACCCGCGCCCCGACACCGCUCCCUAACUCACGCCGCGCCGCCCUCUUGACGCGUGGGUGCCUGUGCGUGCGUGCGUGUGCGUGCGUGUGCGUGCCGGAACUCACGCCCCGCCAGCCGCGGCGCCCACACCCGGCCCGUGGCGGCGAGAGACCUCAACAGAUCCGUGUGUCGGGCAGGCAGUGGUGGUGGUGUGGUGGUGGUGGUGGUGGUGAGGGUGGUGGAGUGACAGCCAGCGGGACCAGGCGGUGUCAGCCUCGCGUCACUCGCCGUCAGCGGGAAUCAGAGUCAUCCCCGUCACGUCAGCAGUCUUCGGCGUCAGCACCGUCAGUCAUCGUCCUCCUCGUCAGCAAAUCAACACGGGAAUCAGACUGACUCAUCCUCGUCACGUCAGCAGUCUUCGGCGUCAGCACCGUCAGUCACACUCCUCGUCAGCAAGUCAGCACCCAAAGCCUCGCCCUCAGCACACAUCAGCAGCGUCAGCACACGUCAGCUCUUCACCUUCGUCUUCGUCAGCCACGGACGCCGCCUCGGGGGACGUGGGCGGCGCGGGUGCGGGCGUGGGCGGUAUGGGCGAGCCGCGGGGGGUGCGGGGUGACCUCCACCUGGGGCUGGGCUACCUGCACCCCGUCCACGUGUUGUCCCAGCUGGCCCGCCCCGUGCCGCUGCCCAUGGGGGUGCCGCCCUUCACCCUCGCCCCCCCGAUGCCCCACGCCCUCAAGGUGAUGGGCGGGGGCAUGGGCGUGUACCCCUGGGGCUUCAACCUCCAGAGCCCGAUGCUGGGGUCUCUACGGGGCGGCCAGGGCUUCGGCAGGAGUCUGGGCUCGCCGGAGAGGCUGACGGAGGCGCGGCAGGAGGACGGGAAGGACUGCGAGGACGGCAGCCUAGACGGCGACGCGGCGGCCAAGCGGCGACGCUCGCGGACCAACUUCAACUCGUGGCAGCUGGAGGAGAUGGAGCGCGCCUUCGAGGGCUCGCACUACCCCGACGUGUUCAUGCGGGAGGCGCUGGCCAUGCGUCUGGGCCUCACCGAGAGUAGAGUCGCCGUGUGGUUCCAGAACCGGCGCGCCAAGUGGCGCAAGAAGGAGCAUACCCGCAAGGGCCCGGGCCGCCCCGCGCACAACGCCCACCCGCAGUCCUGCUCGGGCGAGCCCAUCCCGCCGGACGAGCUGGAGCGGCGGGAGCGGGUGCGGCACGAAAAGAAGAUGAUGAAGCAGCUGGAGCGGCAGCAGCGCAAGCUUGCCCUGAAGGGCGUGCACGUGAGCCUGGAGCAGCUGCGGCGGGAGUACGAGAAUCAGCACAAGUCGGAGCCGGAGAUCGACGUGGUGGGCGAGGCGGGCGGCGACCAGCACCAGCACCAGCAGCACCAACAGCACCAGCACCAGCACCAGUCUCAGCGCCAGCCGCCGCAAUCCGCGCCGCCCCGCGAGACCACCGUCAAGCGGCCGCCAACAUUCUCCAUCGAGAGCAUCCUGGCGCCCACGCGGCCUGAGGAGCGCGGCCCCCCGUCCCCCGGCACGCUACUGCGGGGCGCGCCCACGCCGCCCCCCACGCCCCAGGACGCGCGGCACGCUCUGCAGCACCUGGGGCCCGCCAAGCACGAGGCGCUGGACGACUCCUCGGAGUGCGACGCGUCGGAGGCGUCAGGCGAGUCCUUCGACGUCUACGGGGCGGGCGGGCGGCGGGGCGAGGGGUCGCGGGGCGCCGCCGCCGCCCUGCGUGUGCUGGACGCCCGCGCCGCCGCCAUGGCAGCGCUGGACGCCGCCGAGUCCUCGGACGACUCCGCCAGCCUGGGCCGCGGCGAGGCGCGGGGCGGCGGCGCGGCGGACGGCGGCCUGCCGGGGGUCGCGGCGCGCCACGCCUGCUGAGGCACCACUAGUCACCCGCGGCGCCCACGAUCCCUGGGUGUCGGGCGUCGGCGGCUCCGGGGGCUGCGGCACGCCCUGGAGACCCUCCUGCCCCUGCCCCUGCCCCGCCCUCCCUCGGCCUGCCCCUGCCCCGCCCCCCCUCGGCUUGCCCCGCACGCCGGGAAUAUUUCAUGGCGGCGCCGCCAUCACGCCGCCCCGAGCACACAGACCCUGUGUUCAGCCCAAAGCGUGGCGCCGCGGUCGCCGCCACGCCCCCCACGCCCUUACACGCCCCACGCCCGCCGCGGAGGCGCCACCCACCAGUCUGGCGCCCGCCGGGGGGGCGGGGGCAGGAAAUAGGAGGGGCGGAGGCGGCAGCGGCGGCGGGGGUGCCGCGCCUCCUGUGUGUGUGUGUGUGUGUGUGUGUGUGUGUGUGUGUGGCUUCCUUCACGCGGCACAGCCUCGGCCACAAUGCUCCUGACGCUCCGUCGCCGCCGCCCGACAACACAUGGCGACCAUUUUUAUGUACACACACACACACACACACACACACACAGACACACACAUGCACACACACACCGUGCCGGCGUCAACGUCGCGGGGAGCGGCUCGUCUUGCUGUUUGUUGUCUGUUGUUGUUGUUGUUGUUGUUGUUGAUGGUACACAAGGAAGCGAUUUGUAUAACCUUUUUUCCCCUAAUUCGUAAUUUCUAAUUCUUCGACAUCAAUAAUAAUAAUAAACACUUU